GCAGCAGUUGUGUUGCAAUUUAAAGUGAUUCUUCUCUUGGUUACCUCCAUAUCGUGCAAGCCUUUCGCCGUCUUCUACUAUUAAUCUAUUACCCAUUUCCCUUUUCUCCAUAUGCUUUUACCAUUUUCGAGAAAUUGACACCCAGUCCGAGCUGGAGAUUAAACAACUGUUUCUUCAAGAUCAAUACUUCAACUAACGCCCAUUUCUAUUAGCAGCCUCCGUAAACUGGGAAACUUGAAGGCACGAUCAAAUCAGAAAUGACUUACUGAAUCAAUUGAUCCUAAUUUGGAGUUUUUUUACUUGAAUUUUGUUUUACAGAGGUGUUUGUUUCAUCAAGUGGGUUGAAGCUCUUAUUACAGGUUUUGAAGUCUGUGAAUGAAUUUUGAGAGAAUCAUUGUGGUGGUAUUUCGAUCCAAACAUGCCACUUUCAGAGUUCUAUAGAUCUGAUAAUGAAACGAAUGAAUCUCCUCAACAAAAACCAACCGAUAUUUCAUAUAUCCCGAAUGACGAAUUUGUUGAAUUGGUAUGGGAAAAAGGUCAGAUUAUGAUGCAGGGUCAAACUAGUAAAGCUAGAAAGACACCAGUUUCAAGUAAUUUUCUUUUUCAUACACCAAAAGUUCAAGAAAAAGAGGGUCUUUUAGAUGUACCUAUGUCAGAAAUGGGAUUACAUCCAGACGAUGAUAUGGUACCUUGGUUGAAUUAUCCCCUCGAUGAUUAUUGUUCUGAUCUGUUACCCGAGAUAUCUGGUGUCACAGGAAAUGACCAUAAUACCCUCAAUGUACUUGACAAAAGAAGUAGUUAUAACCAUAGUAAUAAAGAUUCCCAUCUACAUAACGUUUCAAGAAGCAGCCAUAUUCUGGAUCCAUCUAUUAGAUCAGUAGUUACAGAUAUAGGUAGCAGUAAUUGUAGAAAUAAACCCCAAAAUCUUGAAAAAAUGGUGCAAAAACAAGAUUCACUACUUCCAUAUUCGUCAUCUACCUUGUUGAAUUUUUCUCAUUUUUCAAGACCAGCUGCAAUGGCUAAAGCUAACCUUCUGAAUCACGGACCACAAAAGGAAAACGGGUUUCCGGGUCGACCCGGUUUGGAUUCUGGCAAAGUGGGUUUGAAACCAAUUGAAGAGCCACGUUGUGUUGAAAAGUCUUCUAAUAUGGUUGUUGAUGCAAAUGUGGGUAAAGCAGGGGUAGAAACGGAAAAGAGUAAUGAGCCUGUUGGUGCUUCUUCUUCUGUUUGCUCCGGGAAUAGUGCUGAGAGAGCUUCUAAUGAUUUGACAAAAAACUGUAAGAGAAAGUCUCAUGAUACCGAAGAUUUUGAGUGCCAAAGUCAAGACGCUGAAGAAGAGUCUUUGGGCACUAAAACAGCUGCUACUUCUAGAGGAGGUUCGGGUUCCAAGAGAAGCCGAGCUGCUGAAGUUCAUAAUUUAUCAGAAAGGAGGCGAAGGGAUAGGAUAAAUGAAAAGAUGCGUGCACUACAAGAACUCAUACCAAAUUGCAACAAGGUGGAUAAAGCAUCAAUGCUUGAUGAGGCAAUUGAGUAUUUAAAGACACUUCAAAUUCAAGUACAGAUUAUGUCGAUGGGAACCGGAUUAUGCAUGCCGCCAAUGAUGUUCCCAACCGGAAUGCAACAUAUGCAUCCUCAUUUCUCCCCCAUGGGAAUCGGAAUGGGAAUGAGUUACGGGAUGGGAAUGGGAAUGGGGAUGGGAAUGGGAAUGGAGAUGAAUGGUGGACCUCAAGGACACCCACAUAUGUUUCCAUUCCCGCCAACUACACAAGGGUCACGACACCCUAUUCCUGGACUCGAUGCCGGUCAAGGGAUUCCGAUUCCGAGAUCUAGCUUUCCGGUUUAUGGGCAUCCGGGACAAGGGAUGCCGAUGGUAUUCCCUCAAUCACCAAUGCCGGGGUUUCCUAUGAAUCCAGCUGUUCGACAGAUGGGAUCACAAAUGGAAUCUCCAGUUGUGGCUCCAACCUCAAAAGACCCUAUGACACAACUAUCUAAUCAGUCGCAUGUUGCAAACAAGAGUCUUAAUCAGUCGACUUUGGUUGACCAAAAAGAUGAAGUUCUUGAUAUCGGAUGUAGUACAGCUGGUGUUGAUUGAAGGAACAAUAACAAUCCAUAUAGGAUCUAAAGUUGUGUUGACUAUUUUGGAAGAGACUUGAGUGUUGGGAUGAGACGUGUCUUUUUGGGUCGAUUUUGAUUGGCGGGUCAACCCAUGAUAGUGAUUAUUUGGUUCAAGUACAGUUGAAUUGUAUCCAUUAUAAGAUAUCAAGUGUUAACGACAAACUUCAAAUUUAAUGAAACAAUAAUUGUAAUUCU